CCAUUUUAGUGUAGCCGCAUAUAUAUAUUACCAGGGAGAGGAGAGGCUUCAGCUCUGUCGAGGGGGCGUGGUCUAUUUUGGUCGCGAGGUGAUGACGUUAUGAAAGGCGACACCUCAUCUGGCGGAUUUCUUGUAUUCAGCGUAUGCGACGUGCGGCUCAGGCUUCUCCCCGCUCGGUGUGACGGCUCGGCGAUAUGACGUCAGCGCUGGAGAAUUAUAUCAACCGAACGGUUGCAGUUAUUACAGCUGAUGGGAGGAUGAUUGUGGGAACACUUAAGGGAUUUGAUCAGACUAUUAACCUAAUUUUGGAUGAGAGCCAUGAGCGAGUAUUCAGUUCAUCACAAGGAGUAGAACAAGUAGUCCUGGGACUGUACAUUGUAAGAGGCGACAAUGUGGCUGUUAUCGGAGAGAUCGAUGAAGAGACAGACUCUGCACUGGACCUGGGGAAUAUAAGAGCUGAGCCUCUGAACUCUGUUGUAAAUUGAAGAGAUGUGAACAUGCAUCUACAUCUGUACAUUAGCUUUUUCUUUUUAUUAAUGCAUUUGGAUGAAUUACAUUUUUUUGCAUCUUUUUAUGAGUGUAUUCUACCUUAUCAUGUAAAUUAAAAUGUUUAUACGUU